AAAGUCACAAAAAUGAAAGGAUAGCUUCAUAUUUUUUUUUAAGUUUACCAUAUUUUUAUUAGAUUUAGAUAGAACGUUCCUAAGAUAAAAAAGUAAAAUGUUAGGCGAUAAAUUUAAUAGGGGAUCAAAAAGAGGCGUUAUUCGCCUUCUUGGUAAUAAUUGAAAUGUUUCUGCAGGGUCGCAUUAUAAUUGUUUGGUUAUCUUGGCUUAUUGGAGGAAUUUGCGGUGUUGUUAUUCUGUUAAUUAUUGUAUGUUACUGCCGCCUAAUGCCGCGACACCAGAAAUCUUUCGAUGAACAAUAUCUAAAAGAACAUUACACCAUUAAAGAAGGACAUGGAUAUACAAGUCAGGAAAACUAUAGGAUUAAACACACUGAGGUACAAGUUCAGAGGCAUGUACGGCCUGCAAGCUAUGCAGGGGAUGCAGAGUGCAGACGGCAGAGGGAGCCCACACGAGCACCUACACACUGCUAUGUGAAUCGGGUACCAGAUACACGGGAUAAUGCUGUACAAUAUGCUUCUAGUGGCAUGUUAGAUGAGAUGGAAGGCGCUGCAAGCAUUGAUGCUCUGAAAACACGUUCGCUGCCUGCUUUCUUGCGCCCCAAGCCACGUCCACUCUCCACCGAAGAUGAUUUGCACCAGCUGUAUGCUAAGGUAAAUUUAAGCAAGAAGUACAAGAACCGCAUGCGCAACGAGCACGCCGCCAUCAUCGCCCUCAGCAAGUCGCACAGCCAGUUCUUCGACGCCGACGCCGUCAUCGUCUACGACCAGAGAACUGCGCUCUAACCUCGUUCCUUUUGUUUCUCAUUACAUUUUGAGGACUCUCACGCGCACA